CACACACACACACACACACACACACACACACACGCACACACCAUAUGUCUCAUCACAUUGUAUUAGUUCUAGUAUAGUUUGGUAUUUCUCGGUAACACUCGCAUUGUAGUUUAAACCAGCAGCAACAUGCAGCACAUGUCGUCUCCGGUCAGGUUCCGCAGCAAUAAGAAAGCAACCUUCUCGGAAAAGGAGUUGUCCAAUCUGUCCAUUGAGGACCAGGAUGACACUCAGUUUCCAUACGCCAUGAGGGAUCUGCCUCCAGUGUCUCAGUCUGGCGAACAUAACCAGACACAAGUCCACCAUGAGGCGGAGGGGAUCGGGACAGCAUCAAACGGCAGACUCCCCAGCCUCCCCGGGACUCCCUCUCUGCCUCGUCCCAUCCCCGUCUACGCUUCUGGAUCCCCGACUGCCCCUCAAAGAACAAGUCGUGUGAGAACAGAUGCAGAGUUUCAGCCCCUGCAGCUGAGGAGGCAGCUCGCCUCUCAUGGGUCUAUGGAUCGUCCUCUGAGCCCGGCCUCGCGUCCUCACAGCCCAUGGGGACGCUUUGACCCCUAUGACUCAGAGGAUCAGGAAAAGGCGUAUGUUGGUUUCGCCACAUUGCCAAACCAGGUUCAGAGAAAGACGGUGAAGAAAGGUUUCACAUUCACCCUUAUGGUGGCAGGAGAAUCUGGCCUCGGUAAAUCCACACUUAUCAACAGUUUGUUCCUCACGGACCUCUACAAAGACCGGAAGGUUCCCAAUGCACAAGAAAGGAUCAAUCAAACAGUGGAAAUUGUCAAACACACACUUAGCAUCGAAGAGAAAGGAAUCAAAUUGAGGCUCACAAUCAUCGACACACCAGGGUUCGGAGAUUCCAUCAACGAGACGGAUAGCUGGAACCCGAUAGAGGAAUACAUCGACAAGCAGUUCGAACAGUACUUCAGAGAUGAGAGCGGGUUGAACAGAAGGAACAUCCAGGACAACCGAGUCCACUGCUGCUUAUACUUCAUAUCUCCACAUGGCCACGGUCUUAGACCCCUGGAUGUGAUGUGUAUGAAGGCCUUGCACCACAAGGUCAACGUAGUCCCAGUGGUGGCGAAGGCAGACAGCUUGACUGAAGCGGAGGUCGAGAGAAAGAAGAUGAAGAUCAAAGAGCAGAUCGAGCAGUUUGGGAUCAACAUCUAUCGGUUGCCUGAGUGUGAUUCAGAUGAGGAUGAAGACUUAAAAAAACAUGAUCAAUUACUCAAGGGCAGCAUCCCGUUUGCAGUAAUUGGGAGUAAUGUUCAGGUGGAGAGUGAUGGCCACAAGUUUAGAGGUCGAGUCUAUCCCUGGGGUGUGGUAGAAGUGGAGAACCCGGCUCACUCCGACUUCAUGCUGCUGAGGAACAUGUUGGUGAAAACGCAUAUGCAGGAUCUGAAAGAUCAAACGGGGGAGACACAUUAUGAAAAUUACAGAGCCCAGUGCAUCUCAAACAUGACGCGCAUGGUGGUGGAGGACAGGCAACACAGUGUGCGCGAUAUGCAUCACGAGCGCAGCGUGUCAGACUCCCCCCUGCCGCUGGCUGCAGCUGACACCGAGAUGCAAAGGCUCAUCUUUGAAAAAGAUGAGGAGCUGAGGAAGAUGCAGGAGGCUGCUGGAGAGAGUUCAGCAGCAAACGCAGCACAGCCAGAGAGACGGUUUCUGAGCAACCAUGAACACAGAGGAUUUAUGAUGCAUGAUGAGCAAAAAGGAAAUGAAACCCACUAAUAUUAAGGUCCUUGUUAAAUCGACUUACUUACCAUCUUAAAGUGAUGGAUGCUGGUGUCAUGGUGCUCCAGGGACACACAAAGAUUUCUGUGAGACUACACAAAAAAGGAUGCUAUAGAAAAAAGGAGUCACCCCUCCAAAAUCUCAGCAACACACCAAUAGAUCAGAUUGGCUGAUUAAACAAUCAAAAAGCUAAUUAGAAACAACCCAUGUAAAAAGGGUAUUGUUAAAGAUUUACCGGUCUCGCUUCUUCCAUAGAGUUUCUCUGCAGCUGCACAUUAAUAAUGACUUGUAUUCUAUUAAUUUCAUCAAACACUUGUCUUUUAGUAACCUUGUUGAGGAUGUAAAACUGCCCUCUCAAGGACAUUGUAGUGAAGUGAUAGUUUGGUCUUAAAUGUAUAAACAUUUUUCAUAUUGUACGACUUUUGAGUCAUCUGUAUUUUUAUGCUUUUGUAUUUUUAAUCUUUAGUUUAAGAUGUUUUGUAAGGACAAGUGAAACAUUUCAAUAAAAAAACAUUCAAACUGCA